CACGAAAACAAUGAACACUGUAUACUUACGUUAGUAAUGGAUAAUCCUCACAACCAAAGUUACUGGUUUGUUCUUAGAGAAGAUCAAAGUAAUGUUAUAUUUAGCAGUAACAAUUUUACCCUACAGAAUCCACCAAUAGUAAGUCAAGAAACUAGGUACAUCGUUGAUACCGGUGAUAAUCGGCAAUAUAUACAAAUCAAUGAUGCUCCAGUGACUGUGAAUGAAGAUGCUAACACUGAUUUAACGGAUCAGAAAGAUUUAACAAAACAUACGAAAGAAGAGGACAAUUUUUGGGACAGAAAUAAAAUUAGAUUACUGUUGACCCUCUGCUUAGACAGCAGGUUCAAAAAUGCAGCAAAAGAUAAAAGAUUAUGGAAUGAAAUAGCAGCUCUUGUGGGAGCAGAUGCUGAUGAGUGCAAUAAGAAAUACAGAAACCUUAGGAGGACAUACAUGAGACUUUUGAAGAAAAAACGAUUGGGAAAAGAUAUCAAAUGGGUGCACUACAAUAUAUGUGAGGAAGUGUUCAAGGAAUGCAAGACACUACCAUUGUCAGUUCUAGACCCUUGGGAAGACAACAAAGUGAGGAAACUUCUUAGUUUGUAUAUAGAGAACCUUAGUAAGUUCCGUAACCCAGAGUGUUUACAGAAGGAUGUUUGGAAGGAGAUAGCAUCCUCUCUGGGCACCACAGACUACAACUGUUACCAUAAGUUCAAAAACUUAAAGAGAACUUACUUUAACUGGCUGGAAAAAAGUAGGGAAUCUGGAAAACUAAUAAAAUGGCCAUACCACCAUUACAUGGAGAGAAUUUUCUACAAUUAUAAACCUAAACUAGGACCAUGGGAUAGAAACAAAAUCAAAUUACUAAUAGAGACUUAUGCUCAAACAGCUCACAAGUUCAGGAAUCCAAAGUCAAAAAAGGAACUUUGGAAAGAUAUAUCAACAGUGGUCGGGGAGAGUGCUAGUGAUUGUGAUAGAAAAUUUAGAAAUUUAAAACAAACUUACAUUAGAAUCAAGAUGAAGUCAUACUCUGGUCGAUGCAUUACCAAAUGGAGAUACUAUAAAGAUUUUGAAGCAAUUUAUAACAAUUGUAAUAAUUAUCAAAAUAAUAGUCAAAUGCCAGAGAUAGUAUACAGAUAUCAAGAAGAGGACUAUGUGGAGCAGUUGCUUACAUUUUAUAUAAAUAAUUUAGAGAAAUUUAGAAAUCCAUUAUUAAGGAAGAAAAAUGUAUGGAAAACCAUUGGACAAAAGCUAGGUUUAUCAUCAGAGGAGUGCGAUAGAAAAUUUAGAAAUCUAAAACAGACCUAUUUUAGACUAAGGGAGAAAAAAAUUGAAACUGGUAAAUGCAAUAGAUGGCCAUAUUACUCUUAUUUCGAAAAAAUAUACGAUAAACCAAAUACAAGAAUGAAAGAAUGUAAUAUUGAUAGUGAAGAAGAUGGCACAACGUUUUCUGAUAUACAAAAAAUAGUACAGGAAGUGCAAGACAUACAGAAUAAUGAUAAGUUUAAUAGACUCAUUAAAGUUAUCCAAGAGUCGAAUGAUGUACAAAGAGAAAGAAAUAAGAUAUUACAGGCACUACUAGAUAGAAAAUAAAACUUUCAUUGUGCAAUUCAAUAAAGAUUUGUACUUUUAUUCAUA